UUUCUGUCAGGUUGAACAUAUCACAUGGAACAUUGUGAAGAGUGAAUAAGUGAGUUUAUUUUUCCGCCGCUUUUAGCAAUAUUCCAGCAAUAUCGUACGGGGGACACCAGAAAUGGGCUUCACACAUUGUACCCAUGUGGGGAAUCGAACCCGGGUGCUCGGAGUGUAGAGCGAACGCUUGGAACAUCAUGAUCUCAACCCCUUGAAGUGAGCGAUUCUCUUGUCCCCCACAGUGAUAUUGCUGGAAUAUUGCUAAAAGCGGCGUAAAAAUAAACUCACUCACUCAUGAAGUGAGCGAAAAUGGCGGUGUUGCUGACUGGUGCUUUGGAUGUUAUGAGGGAUGAACUAUGGCUACAGGUGGAAUAGCAGAGGAAGAUCUACAGUGCCCAAUAUGUACCGAGGUCUUCGGAGACCCCAAAAUGUUACCUUGUACACAUCGGAUCUGCAAAUCAUGCCUAAACCAAUUUAUCGGGUCUAGACCGAAAGCAACUACAGCCCCUUGUCCUUUAUGCAACCAGCCGUUCAAAAUCCCCAAGAGUGCACGUGGAAGCAGAGACUAUGCAUCGCGCUUCCGUACUGAUGAGAUUCUCCAGGGUAUUGUUCAUGAGAAGCAAAAGAUGAAGUUGAUGAUCACAGAUCGCCCAGUCAGCACGUGUUCCUUACACAAUGCAAUCAAAAGUAUGUUUUGCUUAACCUGCAGCCAACUUGAAUGUGUUGAAUGCAUUGCUAUGAGACAUAAACGGUGUCAAUCUAAAUUCCCCUGGAAAGAUGCCAUUCCGCGCAUACAGAACAAAGCUACAGGUUACUUGGCUAAAGUGCAGCCUCUUUUGAAGGGCGUUUACAGUUCAUUGUCUCGGAUACAUGACCAGAAACAGAAAGCGUUGGACAACUAUUCAGCAGUUGCGUUUGCUCUUGAUACCCAGAAAAGUAUAUGGAUUAGUUUAGUUGAGGACCAUUACGCACCCCUUGAGCAGCUGGUCACCAGAGCACAUAAAGAUAACAUGGCCCAACUCAACACUGUCCUGUCCGAGUUGCAACAGUCACAGCGGGCUCUGGAAGAGUUCCAGUCUUCUUUGAACAAGAUCACUUCCUAUGUUUCUGUUGACGCACUAUUUCAGGAGGAAGGCAAUUAUGGUAGCAAACCACCCGAUCUGGAAUCAAUGCGGGGGUUGAUGGGGAGGAGGCUGACAAUAGAAUCACUUAAAUUUACGCCCCUUCCAGUGCCUCGCUUUCCAAAAGGGAAGAGGAAAACAGUACUUGGAGAAGUCAAAAGUGGCUCGGAGGUAGUACGCGUUCAUGACGAUACCAUGAGCACUAAAACAUUAAUACUUCCUAUGUCUGGAUGUUUGAUUACCCUCCUGUUGGCAAGGUGGUGCCGUGUAUUAGACUGAAUGGACUUUUCUCUAAUGGAUAUGAAUCACGGCGGGUGACGAUGCCAAAAGAAUAUGAUCGCUGGUUCAAGUCCUAUUGUGGUGGUGGGGUAGUGGUUUAAGUGUUUGCUCUUCACGCCGGAGACCAGAGUUCGAUUCCCCAC